AUGUCCAUCACACGAACAGGAGCUAGUCUCCUCUCAAAACGCGCAACAACAUCCUCCCUCCUCCGCCCAUAUCGCUUCCAAAGAAGAGACCCUAUCAUUAAACGCCAUCUCGGGAUACCUCCGCAAUACCUCCUCGACGACUACAUCCCCCGCUACCAGCUCCUCACCCCUCUCCAAGCCGCCCAAAAGCGUUCCUCGGCCUAUUCCCAUUUGCGAAAAUGCAACCUCUGCCCACACAAAUGCGACAUAAACCGCUACGAAAAGACCGGCGUAUGUCUAAUCGGUGCGACAACCGCAAAAGUGAACGUUAUCGCUCCCCAUAGAGGCGAAGAACCCUGUAUACAAGGAAACGGAUUCGACCUCACUCCCGAAGAACUGGCGGAAUGGAUGAUAAAACUCCAGAAUGUGGGCGGAGUACACAAUAUCAAUUUCGUGACGCCGGAACAUGUCGUGCCCCAAGUUGCGUUGGCGAUUCUGACGGCGCAGGAGAUGGGUCUCAAGAUUCCGAUUGUGUACAACACCUCAUCAUUCGAUUCGAUCGAAUCACUGAAACUAAUGGAUGGAUUGGUGGAUAUAUAUCUGCCCGAUUUCAAAGUCUGGGAUCCCUCGACAUCAAAGCGAUUACUCAAAGCGGAGAAUUAUGCGGAUGUUGCCAAGGAAUCUAUCAAGGAGAUGUAUAGACAAGUUGGAGAUUUGAGUUUUACGUCUGAUGGGAUUGCGAAAAGGGGUGUGUUAGUGAGACAUCUUGUUAUGCCGGGAAGGAUAGAAGAGGGAAGAGAAAUUGUGAGGUGGUUGGCGGAGAAUGUUUCGAGGGAUUUGUAUGUGCAUGUUAUGGAGCAGUAUCAUCCGGAUGCGCAUGUGGGGAAGAAGAAGAGUAGAAAGAGGAGGCAGGUCGGAGGUGAGGAAGAGGUUGAGGAGGUUAGAUAUGCGGAUAUUAAUAGAGCGGUUAUGGAUGAGGAGGUGGAAUCGGUUAGAAAGGCUGCAGAGGAUGCUGGGUUGUGGAGGUUUUGUGAGGUGUCGGAGCAGCCUGGUUUUCAUCUAUAGUUUCUAGAAAUAUUGAGGUGAAAAGAGGUUGAUUAUUCCUGCCAAUCUGCCUAUUCCAUAACAUAACAAAUACAAUCAAAAGAUAGACAUG